AUGCUUGUAAAUAAGAAUGGUUCAAAUAUUAGUAUACUACGAAAGAAACAAAAUGGAAGGUUUGUGAUUGAGGAAUCUAUUGAAUUUAGAGCUUGUAGUAUUUUUGGAUAUAUGACUGAUGAUGGACAGUGUUUGAUUACUUGGGAUGUAAAUUCAAAAGAAAUUCAGAUCAGAAAAUAUCAGGAGAAAUGA